AUGACUAAAACAUCCCGAAAGACAGUUCUCAUCACAGGCACCAGCGAGGGUGGGAUUGGCGACGCUUUGGCUAGAGAAUUCCACCGACAAGGCCUUUUUGUCAUUGCAACAGCUAGGAAUCUUGCCAAAAUUCAGCAUCUCAAAGACCUCGGCUUAGAAGUUCUUGCAUUGGACGUUGUGGACCAUGCUUCUAUUCAAGAUGCAGUCAAGAGCGUCGAGACACUCACAGGUGGAAAACUAGAUAUACUGAUAAAUAAUUCAGGAAGUGAUUCAGAAGUCGACAUAGCAAAGAAGAUGUUUGAUGUCAACGUCUUCGCGCUCAUCGAAGUCACGAAAGCUUUCGCGCCCCUCCUCAUCGCAUCCAAGGGCAAAGUAGUCAACAUCGGCUCAAUCGCCGGCAUCAUCCCGCUGCCAUGGGCAGGAUACUACGAUGCUUCCAAAGCGGCAGUCAACCAUCUCACCCGAGCGCUGCGAAUAGAGUUAGCCCCUUUCGGCGUCGAUGCCAUCAAUAUCACCGCUGGAGUCAUUAAGACCAAGUUCUUCGAUAACCUCAAUACGCCAAGGUUGCCGGCAAACUCUUUGUACGCUCCUGCGAAAGACCUGAUAGAGCCGGUCAUGGCGGGUGAAGGACUCAAGGACGCAGGUAUAGAGCCGGAAGUCUUCGCCACGGCUGUUGUAAAGAAUGCCCUAAAGUCCAAUUCUACCAAGGACCUAUGGGUAGGAGGAAAUACAUUCAUCGUUUGGUUUGCGAGUACUUUUGGCUGGGCGACCAUUUGGGACGUCAUCGUCCCUAAACUCUUCAAGAUAGCUGAAGUUACCAAAAAGAUCCAAGCAGCUGGGAAGUCGAAUUGA